UGAUGGCAAAAGGAUCUGUGGUCAAUAUUCUUGAGAUAUCACCAGAAGACAAGUUAUUCUUUACUGGACCCUUCACAGAAAUAUCUAAAACCCACAUCACCUUAAAGAAUGCCACUUUUAAAAGCAUCAUUUUCAAGAUCAAAACUACGGAACCAAAGAAAUACUGUGUAAGACCAAACCAAGGAAUAAUUGGUCCCCAAGACUCAGCCACUGCUACUGUUAUACUCCAACCUUUAGAUGAGGAACUUCUAUCUAGUUCUCAAGGACAACACAAGUUUCAGAUUCUUCAUACUCUGAAAGAUGAUGGCGAUUCAUUGAAAUCAAUAGAGGAGUUGUGGAUAUCAGCAAACCAUGCUCUGGUGUUUCAUCAUAAGUUGAGGUGUUACUUUGAGACUGAAAUUGAGACACAGCACCGUAUGAAAGAUAAGGACUUACAAUUUAAUGUAAGCAAUCUUAAGGAUGCAUCGAACUUGAUAACUGAGCUAAGAAGUAAAGUUGAUGAACUGAAGAGACAGAAUACAAAGCUAAAUAUCAGUCUGAGUGAGACACAAAAGAGACUUGAUAUUGCGUUGAAACCCUCCCAGUUUCCUGAUCUUCUGAUCUACAUUGUGGUGGCUAUUCUUGGCUGGCUCUUUGCCAAAUUUAUUAUAUAAUACCCAUGAAGGAUAUAUAUUCCUAAUCAGUUGACAUAAUAUAUGACUAUUGUACUUGCUUGACCUUCUUUAUUUUUUCGGCACGAAGUACAAUUUAUCUAACUUACCUGUCUAUUAUAGUAAUUCAUAUUAUGUUGUAGCUUAAAGCAAUUACCUUAUAAUUAUGCUUUGAUUUGAUUUAAUUUUGAUAUCAAGUCUAAGAUGCGAUUGAAGUAUGACUGAACUUAAACGGUUUGAGUUUUAUAUUAUUCAUGUUAUAUUGUACUUGUCAGGAUUAUGCACAAAUUUUUAUAAUCAGAUUCAGAAUAUUUGUUCUAACUGUUUUAAUAGUAGAAAAAAUUUUAUAAUUGUUCAAGUGUCGAAUUUAAAUUACUUUGGUCUUUGAUAUUAACCAAUCAAGUUAUAUCAUAAAUAAUACAAUGUUUGUGGCACAAUAAUAUUAUUAUCUGUAAAUAUUACAUUAAUUAAUUGAUGAGCUAAUUCCUGACAACUUAAUUUGGAACUUAAAAUUUAUUAUUUUGUAUUCUAUUCAUUUGCCAAUUUUUAUCACUUACUGUAAAUUAUAUAAUAUAAUAUAAUCAUAUUGUAAUAUUGUGAUUGCCUUUAAUGACCAUUU